AUGGAGUCUUUGCUGGAGCAUGUGGAGCAGCUGCCCGACCUCCUGGCUGUCUCCCGCUCCCCGCUGGUGCGGGACUGGGACCCCCUGACCCUGGACAGGGCUUUAGAGUGGGCUCGGUAUUUCCAGCAUCUCCAUGACCGCUUCCACACCCGGCCUCGGCUCCGUGAGGCCUUGGCGCGGCGGUUACGGCGGGGUCAGCCGAGUCCUCUGCUCGGUUUUCCUCACCUGGGACGCUGCCCGCAGCUGCUGGGCCUGGCGCUGCUGGAGAACCGCGCUCUGCCUCCCGCCGCAUGCCGCCGCCUGAUCCGCAGCCUGCUGCAGCUUCCCGGUUCGGAGGUCGCCUCUCAGCCCCUAGGCCUGGAGCUCCUCGCCCGCCGGAAAGCCGCCUCCCGCCUCCUGGCUCUGCCCUCCGGCCGGACGCGGCCUCCCGAGGGGCUGGAGCCGCAGGUGCAAGCGGAGGCGCAGCUGCUGCUGAGCCGGCUGCGAGAGGAGGAGCAGGAGGCCGAUCCGGCACGGGGAACAGGGGGAAGGCUGCAUUGGCUGUCCGGUGUCCUGGAGCUGCUCCCCCAGCCCCGGGCCUUCGAGGUGGUGGCGGCGGCAUUGCUGCUGCUGAGGCAGGCGAGUGGCGCUGAGCAGGCCGGAGGCAGAGGUCGGUGUGGGGACAGCCUCGAUGGAGAGGAGGCGAGUGGAACAGGAGACGAAUAUGUCGCCGAGCACUUGCUGUCCUGGCUGCUGGGGAAGCCGGACCGAUUUUCUGCCUUCUGCCUUUUCCUCCCAGGCUCCGUUCUUGCCUCCCUUGCUGGUCACUAUUCCCAUUUAAGCAAACCUUAUUUAGACCUCUUAACCGACUGGGGAAGCCACUUGCUCUAUGACCCUUUGCAGGGACGGUGGGUUAAAAGUUGUCUUGACAAAGGUGAAUUGUCCUGGGAGGAGUUGAGAGAGCGCUUUAGUUGCCUCUGUCAGGGAUCUUCACUACUCAGGGGACAGACUCAAGCUGCUCUGAAACUCCUGAAGGCACGGGAUGGAGACUUUAAAGUCUGUGGCCUAAGUGUGUGGACUGACUUAUUGAUGGAAGUGGAGAAAUACCUGAGGAAAGAAGCAGAGCGCUGA